UCUAAAAAGGCAAAAACUUUGAGGGUGUUGUGUUGAUCAUAUAAGGGUGUUACAAAUUUUUUUGUCCCACUUCAACUACAUAGUUAAUAUAUCCAACUAUGACUCCUUUUUCAAUUUUAAAUAAACUUCAGCCUCAAGACGACUUCUACUUUUUCAAAUUUUAAAUAAACUUUGGCCUCAAAAUGACGUUUUUUAAAACUCACAUGACAUGAAAAAACUCAUAUUUAUACACAUAUUUUCACGUCAAGUAGCAUCAAGUUUGCCCUAAUUAAUCCUAAAUUAAAUUCAAGGAUAAAUUGCAUAAUUUUAUAUAGUUCAGUUAUUAACUGGUCAGAGUCUUUAUGUAAAUUGAAAACAUCGGAUACUUUAGAAAAUUUCAGCCACUAUUAUAGUAGCUAAAUAAAUCUGUAAAUUGUGUGGACAUUAAUUGGUACUAGUAUAUUGCAAGACCCAUUAAAAUGGGAUUGAGUUUUAUUCAUUUUGAAGAAAGCAUGAAAGGUCUAUUUACAUUAUAUAAUAGUAAUAAGACAAAGUUUUGUAUAAUAUAAAAAAGUAGUAUAUGAAUGAGUUUUGGUCUAUAUAAUAGUGAGGUAGAUAAUAUACAUUUAUAGUGAAAGAUAAUAACGAAAUUUCCUAAAUUCUUGAGUGGCGCCAAGCUUAAGAGGUGUGGAGUGUUAAAUUUUUAUUUUUGAGUUCUAUAAAUUCUGCUAGCUGUCUCUGUUGCUGUUGGACCACAUUUACACGAAUCUUCAUUGUUUUGAUUAUCUCGUGAUGAAGAAGAUCAACUCGAGAACUCAUCAGCAGCAGCAGCAGCACGAGCUAUCGUGGAAGCGACUGGUGGUGCGGAAAUGGCUUAACAUCGCCACCAGCAACUCUGAUUACUCUGCGGAUAGCGAGUCCGACUCCGAAUCCGAAUCAGAAAUUUGUGAUUAUGGCGGAGAGUCGCGGUUCAAGAACGAAAAGCUGAUUGGACUUCAGGUUGAUGCUGCUGGUGCUCUUGAUGCUCUUCCCAGGUUAAGAAGACGAAAAUCAGAGACUUUUAGAGCUCAAUAUAUAAAUGCAAAGGACAUCAGAAUAUGUGCUGCCACAUGGAAUGUUGGAGGCAGAAUUCCUCCUGAUGACAUAGACCUUGACGGUUGGUUAGAUAUUGAUAACCCUGCUGAUAUUUAUGUAAUUGGCCUUCAGGAGAUGAUCCCCUUAAAUGCUGGAAAUAUAUUUGGAGCUGAAGAUAACCGUCCAGUUUCAAAAUGGGAAAACUUAAUACGUGAAACUCUGAAUCAAGUUCCGCCAACGACUAAGUUUAAGAGCUACAGUGAACCACCUUCUCCGUCAAAGUAUAAGCCAUCUGAGGAUGCCCCCGAUGUUGAAGACGAAAUUUUGCUUGAAUCUGACAGUGAUGUUGAGGAGGAAAUCCACCCAUUGAACGAAGAGUCUGAUGUUUUUGAGGAAAUUGGUGAUGGAAGGGUCAUAGGAGAUGAUAUUGCUUGUGCUGAUCCAUCUGUCUCCAAUGGCUAUAACAACUUAAGGAAUUCGGCGAAACGAGAUUUUAAACGGCAGUUUUCUUCUCCAAAGCUGAUGGACGGAUUAUAUUGCUCAAGGACAGGAGAUUCUGAAGAAAGUGCAGAACUAACAGAUACCAAGCACAACAUUAAAUUAACCAGAACACUCAGUGGGACAGAGAGGAUAGGCUUAAGCUGGCCAGAGCCACCACUUCAUCUCUUAGGGCAGCAUGUUUUUGAUAGACACAAAUCCUUCAAAUCCUCCAAGUCUUUCAAGACAUCCAAGUCUUUCAAAACAUAUAGUUCUUUCAAAUCAACCACAAUCAAUGAUAAUAGGCGAGUGGAGUUAGCUUCACUAGCAGCACUUGACCUUGAAUCUCUAAUUAACCGUAAGAGAAGGCCAGCAUAUGUUAGGAUUAUAAGCAAGCAAAUGGUUGGCAUCUUUAUUACCAUAUGGGUUCGUAGGAGCUUGCGGAAGCAUAUACAAAACUUGAAAGUAUCUACCGUUGGUGUUGGUAUUAUGGGCUACAUCGGCAACAAGGGAUCAAUCUCAGUGAGCAUGUCUGUUCAUCAGACAUUCUUUUGUUUUAUUUGUACCCAUCUAACAUCUGGCGAAAAAGAGGGAGAUGCUAACAAAAGGAAUGCUGAUGUGCAAGAAAUUCAUCGACGAACACACUUCAAUUCACUUGCUGGUUUGGGGCAUCCCAAGAGAAUCUAUGACCAUGAGAGAAUAAUCUGGAUGGGUGACCUAAAUUAUCGAAUCAAUUUACCCUUUGAGAGGACUAGAGAACUUGUUUCCAAAAAGGACUGGUCCAAGUUAGUCGAGCGGGAUCAGCUCACGAAGGAGUUCAGGAAAGGCGGUGCAUUUGAUGGAUGGUCUGAGGGUACUUUGAGCUUUGCUCCAACAUACAAAUAUGAAUUCAACUCAGAGUCUUACAGUGGAGAGGAUCCAAAAGCUGGGAGGCGAACACCGGCAUGGUGUGAUCGUAUACUGUCAUAUGGGACAGGAAUGAAGUUGCUAAGAUAUAAGCGGUCUGAAUGUAAACUAUCAGACCAUCGCCCUGUGACAGCCACUUACAUGGUCGAAGUUGAAGUAUUUUCACCUCGAAAGUUGCAGAGAGCACUCACGUAUACUGACGCAGAAAUUGAACAAAAUAACAUUGUUACAGAAAUGGAUCCCGGUGGUGGAAUAAACCAGUUCCUCUUGGCAGAGGAUAAGACGUACUGGGAGCGUUGAAGGGCCUCCGACCUCCUGAAGAAAUGCGUAAUAGAAAGUGUCGAAGCAGGCACUGUAACACAUCCAUUCUUUUGAUUCUUUACCAGAUAUGUGGGAGUUCCUAGUGUGGUUUUUGGUGUGUACAUAUGCAUUUUGUGUAGUUGAGUUUUGAAUGAGAUGAGGGGUAGAGAGAUUUAGAGGGUGUUUGGCUGAGGGUGUAGAUGAUGUGUAGUUGUGUUUGGCUAAGCUUAUUUUAAAGAGCUUAGUUAGGUGGAGGCAUAAAUGGUUUAAUGAGCCAAUGUUAAUUCUUCUUGUUUGGCUUUACAAAAAUUUGUGAUAGUUCUUCAGAUUCAUGACAACGAUUCUCUUUCGUUACAUUUACUGUAAAGGCCUUCGUUCCAUAAUUUCCAUUAUCUAGCUUUUGUACAAAUAAGAUCUAUCAGUCUUUAAUAUUUUUUGAAGAUGUAAUUUACAUGUAA